UAUCUUUGACAACUUUUACUGAUUGAAAUAAUCUUCAACACAAAUCUGGAAGUCAUACUUAUAUGUGAUUGCUAUUUUAUAAUUAUAUAAUCGUAAUUUCUAUUUUAAUCGUAAGAAAGUUCUUAUUUAUCGGAACCAAUGUUUCUCUAUCAGCAGAAUAAAUAUAUAAAGUAGAAUAUUUAUUGAAAUAAAAAUUUAAAGAACAUUUUUUUAUACAUAUAUAUAAUUUUUUCUUAAAAGUUUUUCAUAAAUGAAUAUAAAUAAUAAAAUAAACAUAUAGAUUAAAAAUAAAAAUUUCAAUUCUGAUUAAAAUAUGUAUCUUCCGCGCCGAUUACGUAUAUAUUGUAUAUCUAACAAGAUACAUUAGAAUAAAUAUAAAUCGUAAAUUUAAUAGCUCAAAUUCGUAAAGUAAGAAAUUAACAAAGUUUGUUGGACGCAUUGAUUGGGUCUCGGAUAGAAAACCUCUAGGGAAAUUUCUGAAGUUCUUCCAGUGACAGCCAAUCAGUAUAUCCAACGAAAUUUGCAUGAUAAAUGAAAUGGGCUUCGAAGAAAGCCUUAAAAAAUAUAAUACAUAGUUUGAUCGCCGAGUCUAUAGAUUUGUUCUUUGUAGCUGAACUUUCUACACUAAAAUGAGAUAGAUAUAUCGUUAGAAGUUGAAGAGAAAGAGAGAAAGAAUGAAAAGUGCAACAAGUUCAAUUACAAAGAACAAACCCUCAUUUCUACGCAGUUAUCGCGGGAAUCCCGAAGAACUUUGCUCUCUUUCAUUUACACUGCACGUAAGCAGAAAUAUGAUAUGGUGUAGGUGUAGGAUAAGGAUCCAUUAAAAGCGGUAAAAAUAGUGUACAGUGUGCUACAAAGGGAAUAUCUAACAAUUUUACAUUUGUUGCCAGUUGUAUUACGAUAAUAAAAAAAUAUGAAACAAUUACAUUGCAUUAUGAAUAUCAGCAUCGUCUUGAUAUUGUACUUUUGUAUAGAAAUUGUCGAGGGAACAGAUCAAAAUGUGAUAAUACAAACGAUAGACUCUGAAAUAUCGCAAGCCAAUGCAUACAAUGAAUAUGUUUUAGAAAUACAUGAUAAUGGUUGUGAAUGUAUUAAAUAUAAUUGUGGCUGCUGUCAAUUUAUAGAAUGGGAUACAGUUUCUUUAAAUGGAACAUUAUGUGCAAAUGCAAGUUAUUUAGAGCAUGAUUAUGGGUUUUCUGUCACAGUAACUUAUAACAAUUUUACAAUUAUUAACGAAGAAAUUACAGCUAGAAACCCACCACCUAUCUGCGUAGGAGAGGAUAUUGCAGAUGCAAUAGAAGUUGAAAUUUGCUUGCAUAUGUAUGAUAUAGAUAUUAAUGAUAAGUUUCAUGGAUGUUUUGAGAUUUUAGGAAGAAUUAUGAAAUUUAAAUUCUUUAAAGUAAAGCUAGGUUGUAUUAACAGUCCCUCAUCCUUAUUUCUUGAAAAAAAAAAGAUUUAUAUUAAAAAUUCAUCAUCCUUAUUUUUUGAAAAAAAAAAUAUAUAUUCCAUAUUACUUAUUGUUAGUGUGAUUAUAUAUAUGAUGAACAAAAUAUAUAAAUAAUUUUA